AUGGAUGCAUUAUUGCUGCACCGGGCCAACAGGCGAAAGGGCGUCCUCCUUGCCAUGGCCAUUCUGCUGAUUUUCGGCCUGGCAACACACACAUGGGGGUUUUAUUUCUCAUCAACACGCGACUCAUCUUUCCACAUGUCCCCCCCAAGCCCGCCGCCAGCGAAGCUCGCGGAAAAUAUGCCACAGCUGAUGCAUCAUCUAUGGAAGCCUUUCCUCCACGACAUCAAUGGUACACACUUCUUGACGAAAGAAGGAUACUACUACGAGAACCCAAAAGACACUCAUCGCUGGUCGCAACCUUUGCGCAAGAAGUUGCUCAUUUUGGAUGUUGAUACUCGGCUAGACACAGGCCUUGGCGGUAUAAUGAAUGAGACGUCCUUAAACUCCAAGGAAAUGACGGGAAGGACUGCUGGAAUGAUGAAUCACUAUCUAUAUGCUAUGAUUCACGGAUAUGACUACCGAUUCAUCCGAGCUCCUAGCUAUCCCAACCGUCACGGGACCUGGGCCAAGGUCCCAAUGAUCCGACAAGCGCUCAAAACUCACGAAAUUGUGGUUUUCCUUGAUGCCGAUGCCAUCUUUAUGUAUCCUCAGUUGCCCUUUGAGUGGCUAAUGAGGUUAUGGAACGUAACCGACAACACUCUCGUCGCUAUGGCUAACGACCCGAAUUCACCAAGAAACCGCGACGCCAACGGCCAAGUGAUGCAAAAUACGGGCUUCAUCAUCGCUCGGCAAAGCAACCGGACACAAGAGCUUUUCUAUAAUUGGGAGCAGUGUCCUACCGAUACAAAAUAUAAAGGAUGUAAGCGCUGGGGGAAAGAUUGGGCACACGAGCAAGCAGCUUUCUCUAAUUAUGUCCGGUAUGAUUACAAUUCAACAGAGGAGGUGCGCGUGAUACCAUGCAUGGAUGGGAAUGGCGCUCCCUAUAUUGGUGAUAAGACAUGCGGUGGAGUCUUUAUCCGCCAUCACUGGUUUCACAAGGACUAUCCUAUCAAGGACAUGCAUCAACUUAUCCUGGAUGCGUUCGUGAGUCGUCUACACGCGGGGUUUCAUCAUAAUCAACAGGGCAACUUUGUGGACGCGAGUCGUUAUACCUACCCCCUUCAUCAUUUAAAUAUAUAA